GUUGACGGUAUCGCGAUCACGUACAACCUCACCAGCGGCGACAAUGCGACCCUUGACCACGGAAGUCAGUUCAGCGGCGCGACCACCGUCAACUUCAGCACUACCGAAAUCCUCAUCAAUGUCUUCGGCCGCGCCGGGUACCAGAGCUACUACAAGCGCGAGAUGGUCAACAACAUCGGCUUCGUCAUCUUCGACACCGCCAAGGGAACCACCCGCACUGUCGGCCCGUUCGGCAACAGCAACGGGGCGACCGAGGGCAAGCCGUUCACCUGCUCGGAUGUGAUCGCAUUCGGCGGUUUCGCU